AUGACGCUCAUGACUGAUGACUACAGGGAUAACCCUGGAGUUCACCGCAGCACCGUCCGCAAGCUCGAUUUUAUCUUACUCCCUUUCCUAUCUGCCUUAUUUCUGGUUAACUCCCUCGACCGAUCCAAUAUCGGGAAUGCCGAAACUGCUCAUUUCACCCGUGAUGCAGGGCUUCAGCCAGAAGAUCUUAAUACUGCUGUUGCCUGGUUCUAUGUCUUCUUUGUUACGUUACAGCCCCUUGGAGCGGCCGCGGGGAGGAGAUUUGGAAUAAGUAGAUGGGUCCCGAGUGUAAUGACGCUUUGGGGGUUAUGUACCUUAUCACAUAUAUGGGUCCGGAAAAGAUGGCAGCUUAUUACGCUGAGGAUCAUGCUUGGGACACUUGAAGCUGGCUUCUACCCCGUUGCGGUAUCCUACCUCUCACUAUUCUAUACCCGCUUCGAGUUUGGACGUCGACUAGGACUUUUCUACGGCUCGUAUGGAAUAUCCGGUGCGCUUGGAGGUGUGGUCGCGUUCAUCGUCUUCUCUCUUUUUCCGCCAAGCGAGGACCCAAAAGACAAUACUGCCGCGUCUUCAGAUACCAUAAAACCAUGGCAAGUACUCUUCUUGGUCGAAGGGUGCUUAACAAUUGUCAUCGCAAUCAUUGGAUUUUUCUGGUUGCCCCGAAGUGCCGGGACUGCAUGGUUCUUCAAAACGGAAGAGAGAGCUUGGGCAGAGCAGCGUAUACUCAUUGAUCGAGAUGUCGCUGAUUACCCAAGACAAGAAGCUUCUGUAAUAUUGUCAGAUGAGCUUUCACAAGGAAGAAGCCGAAAUUCCGAUGAACAGCAACUUCGCCUUUUACCGGAAGAUGACAAUACCUUGAUGCCCCGGGAUAAUUCUCACUACUUAUCAGAUGCUGGAUUAUCAAAGUCGGAGCUCCUGUCGACGGUCCUCUUCUUGCCUCUAAUGCUCCCGAUUCUUCUUCUCAAUAUUGCUUCCGCCAUUCCCAACACCGGCUUCUCCGUUUUCCUUCCAAUCAUUCUAUCUUCGCUCCAACUUUCCUCUCCAAGCCUAAGUAACCUUCUCACCGCACCUCCGUUCCUCCUUGCCACUAUAUUCCUCUACAUAUUCAGUCACUGGAGCGACAAGUCCCGGAAACGUAUCUUUCCAAUAUUAGUCAGCCUCGUGGUGAUAGCUGUCGGUCUGAUUCUUACUGUCCUUAUCUCAUCACCCACCUCGUCACUUUCCCCGAUCAGGGCUAUGGCUCUUUAUUUCUCCUUGUGUGUGCUUCUGAGUGGAAGUUACAUCCCCAGCCCGUUAACUGUGACCUGGCUGGCAAGCAAUAUACCUAAUCCUGGCAAACGAACUAUUGUUCUGGGGAUUAACGGGUACGGAAAUCUAGCAGGCGUCUUUGCAUCUCUCAUCUUCUCUCCGCGUUUCCGGGCAGAUUCUUAUCGAAUUCCCUUCCUCAUAACCUUGGGUUUCGUUCUGCUCAGCUUCGGGGGAUUUAUGUUUCUGCGGCUAGUUCUACGCAUUAUCAAUGAUGCCAGAGCUAGGAUGUCAGCGACCCUGGCUGCGGAGGUUCGAGAGACUAAUUAUUCCGGCUCAGGCGGCAACUGGAGUUUAGUUGGAACAGGUGAGAUUCCUUCAUUUGUUGUUGUGGGUGGGACAUGGUGGGAUUCGCAAGUGAGGUACUGGUUUGGUAAAAGAUUAUUGGGAAUGGAUGAAAAUGAUACACGCCUUAGACGAGGAGAUGAAGGGCUCACAUUUCAAUAUGGACUUUGA